AUACUCCCAUCACUGCAGCCGCAAACGCAAAGUAAAAAUCCGCUUCGCUUCUCUUCUGCUCAACUGUACCGCCGCUUUUUGGUCAAAUAUCUCGUAAUUUACGACCGCACGCACACCGGAAAAGCGAGCAGAAUGUCGAGCGUGCCAAAGCGAGCCAAGCUGGACGGCACCCCCGCCGAUGGCAACACAACGGCAGCCGCCGGCAACAACGAGGAGGAGUCGGAGGCGCUGGAGCAGAUUGAUGCCUGCCAGAACGAGAUCGACGCGCUGAACGAGAAGGCCAGCGAGGAGAUCCUGAAGGUGGAGCAGAAGUACAACAAACUGCGGAAGCCGUGCUACGAGAAGCGCAGCGAACUGGUCAAGCGGAUCCCCAACUUCUGGGUGACCUCGUUUAUCAACCACCCGCAAGUUUCCGGCAUUCUGGACGAGGAGGAGGAGGAAUGCCUGCACGCCCUCAACAAACUGGAGGUGGAGGAGUUCGAGGACAUUAAAUCGGGCUACCGCAUCAACUUCCACUUCGACGAGAAUCCUUACUUCGAGAACAAGGUGCUCACCAAAGAGUUCCACUUGAAUUCAGCGGCUGCUUCAGAAAACGGCGACUGGCCCGCGUCCACCAGCACGCCCAUCAAGUGGAAGGAGGGAAAGAACCUGCUCAAACUGCUGCUGACGAAGCCCUACGGCAACAAGAAGAAGCGCAACUCCGAGUACAAAACCUUCUUCGACUGGUUCUCGGAUAACACCGAUCCCGUCAACGAUGAGAUCGCAGAACUGAUAAAGGACGACCUCUGGCCAAAUCCACUGCAGUAUUAUCUGGUACCUGAUAUCGAGGUGGAGCCCGAGGAUGAGGAGGACAACGAAGAAAACGAGGAGGAGGCGUUCGACGACGAGGACGGUGAGGAUGGCGAGGGCGAGGAAGAAGACGAGGAUGAAGAUGACAAGUAAACUGAAAUAGCGAGCAUGUAAUUUGAAUUCUCUCCCAACCGAAGGCCCAAAGUGUUUCCAACCACUUGCAACUAUAGUUUUUCCGUGUGGUUAUGCAACAUUCACAUAUUCGCAACCAUUUCAGACAUAUUUAGGUUUCUAAUUAAGUAAAAAAAAAGUCAUACGUAUUUCCAUUGAAGAGCAAAAAAGAAAUGCGAAUCACCAUUUAAAAAAAAUUUAAAACAAAUAAAAAAGACGUGAAUCGAAUCUCAACCGAGUCGUUUCAAACUCCCGCCAA